AUGCCAAGUUCUCCCUUCGUCAUAAGCCAGGGCGGUGACCUAUUUAAACAAAGAAAACUUGCUGGUGCUGUGAGUGAUCAGUCUGACACAGAGUGGCUUAACAUGGCGGACAUUGCUGACGCAGAAAGAACACCUCUCCUUAAUGACGAUCAAGUUAUGAAUUGUACCCCCGGUUUCCCAAACGAGGAUUCUGCUAGCAGUGCCCACUUCAAUGAAGUUUUGAGGGAGGCCAUUGAAGCCAUCAAUUGUAGUGUUUUCCCCGAAAGAAUCUAUCAAGGGUCCAGUGGCAGCUACUUUGUCAAAAGCCGCGACGGUAAAAAGAUCGCUGUAUUUAAACCCAAAGACGAAGAACCUUAUGGAAAACUGAAUCCCAAGUGGACAAAGUGGAUGCAUAAGCUCUGCUGCCCCUGUUUCUUCGGUCGUAGCUGCCUGGUCCCCAAUCAGGGCUAUCUUUCUGAGGUGGCUGCAAGCCUUGUCGACGAAAAACUCGGUUUAAACAUCGUUCCCACCACAAAGGUUGUUAAAUUGGCAAGUAAAACAUUUAAUUACCGUGCCGCCGUGCGCGCCGCAUCUAAGACGAAACAGCGGUUUGCUGAUCGUUUUCCCGACUUGGGGCGACACUUUCACAGACUUGGACUUCCUCCCAAAGUGGGCUCCUUCCAACUCUUUGCUUCGGGCUGUCAGGACGCCUACUAUUGGCUCAAUCGAUUUGAUGCGGAUCCACUGCCGGAGGAGGCACAGACUAGCCUUCAGCAUCAAUUUGAGAAGCUGGUUGUCCUUGACUACGUAAUUCGUAAUACUGAUCGCGGCAAUGACAAUUGGCUCAUUCGUUAUGAACCGCCCGAAGUUCCAGCGCCCUCUUCAGAGGGUGGCGACGAUAUUCCCGACUCCGUUCAGCCCGGAAUUCCCAAGGUUACAGUUGUCGCCAUUGACAAUGGCCUAGCAUUUCCCUUUAAGCACCCCGACGAAUGGCGAGCUUGUUCUUGCGCAUAUCACGUAAAAUACGACGGCUCUAUCGACUUUAUCCCCGAGAAGGCUCAGCAUCCGUUUGUCUUGGGACUGACUUGUUCAGUACCUCUUCUCUUCCCCCUCCUCCUAGAUCCCUUCUACUGGGCCUGGCUGCCAUUGGCAAAAAUUCCCUUCUCCGAUAACAUCUGUAAUCACAUUCUUCCACUCAUAACCAAUGUGCACUUCGUGAACGAGCUCGUCCGUGACCUGUAUAAACUCUUUAAGACGGAUCCAGGAUUUGACCGGAAGACGUUUGACAAACAGAUGGCUGUUAUGCGAGGCCAAAUUUUGAAUUUGCAGUGCGCUUUGCGUGAGCGAAAAACCCCGCUCCAACUGGUGCAAAUACCAGUCGUGACAGUUGAGCGAGAGAAGCGAUCAAUAACUCGGCGCCUGCAGCAGGUAGCGCGCGAACUGCUGCCUCCGAACGUGCAGCUGGGACGAGCCGCCGCAACUGCCUUGGAGGAUGAGGAGGAGGCCUGCGCCAGUCCCUCGGGUGACGAGUUGGAUCCGCCCGACUCGCCGGGUAGUGGGGCUAGUGGUGGCAGGAUCCAUAUGGGUGUCAGUGAUUUGUUCCUUCGCCACAAAUUUGACGUGAUGUCGCAGACAUGGACUUCAGCUCGGUUCAUCAGGUCGGUAAGCCCGAGUCGUGGCUGUCUGAUCCCGGAAAUUCGACUAGACUGA